AAAUACGCGGAAUUUGUUAAUUCGAUCCGGAUACAGAGUGAAAAUGUGUUUAACUACUCAAACUAUAAUUAAAUUCGCAAAUAAAGAUCAUCCAGAUCCGUCAAGAUCAUCCACUGCAGAAACGGUGGCCCUAAUUAAACCAAAUUACAUGUCCUCUGCUCAGUCCUUAAAUUGGAAAUGGAUUUCUCAACGUCUUUAUCAACGAGCUCUGCAAUACUCCACCGUGCAUCCUCAGAGAAUUUUCUGCUGCUCAAAGGAGGGAAGUUUAAUCAAUGCCACUCUUCGUUUCUUCGGAUUAAACGGGCAGUUGGCCCUUCAGGACUUUCAAUUCCGAAGGAAAAUCGUUUGCAGGUAUGCUGCCAGAAGAAACAAAUUCCAGUGGUAGAUGCCAGAUGCAUGGAUGACAUAUAUGAUGCCUUGGCCAAACGUAUUGUUCCGACUGCUGCCGCCGCAUCAAAUCCCCAUUUUAAGCAUAUUGUUGGCCUGGCAGGUCCUCCGGGUGCUGGAAAAUCUACUCUUGCAUCUGAGGUGGUUAAGAGAGUUAAUAUGUUGUGGCCACAAAAGGCUUGUUCCUUUGAUUCACAAGUGGAAACACCUGAAGCUGCCAUUGUUCUUCCAAUGGAUGGAUUCCAUCUUUAUCGCCACCAACUUGAUGCAAUGGAGGAUCCAGACGAAGCACAUGCCAGAAGGGGAGCUCCAUGGACAUUUGAGCCCGAACUACUGUUAAUGUGUUUAAAAGCUCUGAAAGAUCAGGGAUCAAUAUACGCUCCAUCAUUUGACCAUGGUGUUGGAGAUCCGGUAGAAAAUGAUAUUUUUGUGAAUGUUCAUCACAAGGUGGUGAUAGUUGAAGGCAAUUAUUUGUUGUUGGAAGAGGGCGUUUGGAAUGAAAUUUCAUCAAUAUUUGAUGAAAAGUGGUUUAUCGAUGUUGACAUUGAAAAAGCAAUGCAAAGGGUUUUGAAGAGGCAUAUUGGGACAGGGAAACCUCCUGAUGUUGCUCAAUGGCGGAUUGAAUACAAUGACAGACCGAAUGCUGAACUUAUCCUUAAAUCUAAGAAAAACGCGGAUUUGGUGAUCAACUCAAUCGACUCUUAAAGAUGAUUCAAUCCCAAAAUCCUCUUACCUGAAAUAUGAAACCUGUUUCGAGGAAGAGACCUUAUGAUGGAAGCUAAGUGGCAGAUGUAUACGUAACAUAUAGUUUGAUGUAGUACUCGAAAUAUUUCAUCGACUAGUGUUUGGUUUAUAUUUUAAAAAUUUAAAUAAACACAAAUAAUGUACUAGUACGUUAUUAAGAGCAAAGUGCCGUUUGGCAGGGGACGUUUUUGUCCAAGCCGCUAUCCAUUUCCUUCCUUUUGGCUAGUAAAAAACAAUACCUUCGGG